CUGCUGCCUGCCUGGUACUGUGGAAAGAUCCUGCCCUCUGAGCACAUGGAGUCUGGAAACAUUGCAGAUAAGCAGAACGUGCAGCUGCAGGAUAGGAAUGAGAGACUUCACUGGCCUGGAGACCUGCAGGACAGGACAGGGAAGCUGUUUGGCUUCAAACCUGAUUUGUCAGCCAGAACAGCCUUCAGUGAAGAGGAAAAACUGAAGAUUUCCAAAGACCUUAUUGAUCUUGAGAUCGAGACAAAUAAAAUGAAGGAGCAGUAUGAGAUGGAGAACUUUGAGCUGAAAAAAAUGCUCCUGGCCCUGGAGAAGCGUGUGCUGGAGCUGGAGCUCAGCAGUGAGAAAGUCACUGGGGAGCGAGAUGGCUUACGGGAGCGCCUGCGUGCUCUGGAGACUGGUCGGAAGGAGCUGGCAGACGAGUAUAUCGUUUUGAAAAGCAAUUACCUGGCCCUGGGCAAAGAACUGGACCAAGAGAUCAUGAAGAAUGAAGAGCUCAGCCUAAAGCUGCUCAACCUGACCAAUACCAGGGGCACCCUUCCCUGCACAGAGAGCAAGCGCUCCAUUGCCAUGGCCCAUGAAUCCUCUGUCAAGCCGGAAAGAGCGAGAGCAACGGUGCGCCAUCUCUCUGGUCGAAAAGUGAAGGCAGAAGAUGUAGUUGCCUCUGAACACGAGCGGGAAAAGCUGGAGGGAAACUUGCUUGGAAACCAGGAUCACAUAAAAGCAGAGCUGGAAAAAAUGAAGAAAACCUAUGAUUCGCAGCAGCAGAAGCUGGAAGAAAGAGUUUAAGGGCAUGUUGUUCUGAUUGCGAUGGAGAAGGAGCUGCAGGAGGCCAAGGGAGCGAUCGGGGACGCCCAGCACAAGCUGGUGGAGCAGUCAGCGGUGCUGCUCACAUCCCAGAGCCAGCUCCAAGAGGUGGAGGUGGAGAACUCCCGGCUGCAGCUCCGGCUGAAGGAGCUGAACGAGGAAUAUCGCUCCAGGCUCACACAGUACAUCAAGGAUGUGGCGGACUACAUGGACAGCAAAUCCAGCAGCAUUGCAGGUCCUAGCAAAGCCCCAGCUGGUCAUGCUGCCAUGAAACGCUUCGUGGACAGCAUGCUGAAGGAUAUCAGAGCUUCCUACAGGUCUCGGGAAGAGCAGCUAGCUACAGCAGCACGCAGCUACAAGAAGCGGAUGAAGAACUUGGUCAAGAAGCACGAGAACCUGCUGAUUGCUUACGGGCUCCAGCGAGAGCAGAUCCGGUCCUUGGGCAGCAACACUGCAGAUUGUGGCCCUGCUGAGCUCCACUUUUCCAUCACAGACCCGGAGCUGCUGACCAACACAACCCGGGAGCUAAACCGGCUGCGGGAGGAUAAAGCAAAGCUGGAGCUGCAGCUAUGUGAAUUGCAGAAGGUGAAUGAGGAGGGCUGGGCAGAGGUCAGGAAGCAGAUCCUGGAGUUCGCACACACCACUCAGGAGGAUCUGGAGCAGGAGAGAAGCCAGCUGCUGACUCGAGCAAUCAUGGCAGAAGAGCAGGUGUCAGAGCUGCAGGAAUACAUAGAGAAGCACCUCGCAAGAUACAAGCAGGAGAUCCUCCAGCUGAGGAAGGAUCAUGUGCUCAGUGCUGGGGCGGCUGAUGCUCCUUCACUGCCCAGAGCCCCAAGGACCGUCAGCCGCAAACUGUAG